UUGACCGUAAGAAGAGAUGGACAGUGGGUAGCCGCGUAACGAGAACGAAUUGAGCACCGGCCUCCUACGCUUUCUUCGAACACUGUACACGAUGCUCUCGCUCCGCCUUGUUCGCGCUGCUGGUCUUGUUAGGCCUUUGAAUGUGUCUCGAGUGAUUGCACCGGCUGUGACUCGAAGCUUCACUCAGACUGCAUCCGUAAAAGCCGACCUUAUCACCGACCUUUACCUUCAAGAAUUGCGCAAGUACACGCCCCCGAAGGAGUCCGCGGCUGACGCGGCUGACUUGCCGACCACCUUCGCACCCCCGGCGGCACCGGCAAAGCCCGAGAUUGACGUCAAAACUACGGAUGCGGUUGCAAAUGCUGCAGACGAAGCGGUUGAGGAGGAGGAAUGGCCUGCCGUGUACAACCCUAUCGAUGACCCAGCCAACUAUCCUGAUGAAUGGGACUUCACCACCGAAAAUGAUGAUGGUUCUUUGUUGCCCAAGAGGUUGAAGCCCGUCGACUACGACCACCACUAGAUACCGAUAAAUUAGCCAUAUAUAUUUGCUGUACAUGACGGAAUUCAUGCUGAGGUUGGCUCAAUCCCGGUGUUCGUUGCCGCCAGUCUGGUGAAAAAUAUCAGCCCCACAAUUACAUAACCUCAUUUAUUGUCAUUGCAAAGGAGAUAUGCUCAAUGUUAUGCUCAAUAAUUAUAAAAUGGAGUUAAAACCCUA